AAAAAAGAGCCACAAAGGAAAUUGAGAAAAAAUGAUUCCCCUGCCUGCAGCCGAUGAACGGAGACACCGCACAAAAAGAUAGAGCAACUGCGUGCGACAGACAGACAGAAGAGAAAAGAAGAAAACUGACACAAUAGCGCGGGUCAGCAUGACCGAAUAAUCAUCAAUUCCUUGGUAACGUAAAAAGAAGAAUCAAGAUUUUCAGAAUCACUUCAAGUUUUCAUUGUUUAGAGGACAGACUUCAUAUGACUGCACACAACUAUUCACAUUGAAAGGACCAAACCGAGACAACAGUGAAAGUAGCCGAGAUGGGAGAAGUGAAAUGUCCGAAAGGGAAAUAUUUGGAUGCCAAAUGUAAUGCCACAUCAAAUCCAGUGUGUAAAACCUGCCCACGUCAUACAUUUACUGAUGAGGAAAAUAACAUGAAGGAGUGUCGGGCCUGCAGGGAGUGCACCAGCAACAGUAACUUGGUGAUGGUAAAGGAGUGUGAGGCAGACAAAAACACGGAGUGCAAGUGUAAGCUUGGAUACUACUGUACACAGACAAGCGAUUUCCACUGCGAUCACUGCAGUCCUGUCUCCACGUGUCCUCCGGGAAAAGGGGUCGCCAGUCAGUACACGUUCCAGAGAGACACUGUGUGCAGACCCUGUCCUGUGGGAACCUACAGUGAUGUGGACGACUACAUUUCCAGCUGCAAAAAUCAUACAAGUUGUGAUGAUUUAGGUCGAAAAAUAGAGGUUCCUGGGACCAGUAAAUCAGAUGUUGUGUGUGGACCUAUUCAAACAUGUACUACAUCUUGUUCUUGGGUGUUACCUGCUAGCCUGUGGGCAGGGAUCAUUGUUACUGCCUUAAUUGUAUUUCUGGUCCUGUUUAUAAUGUAUUGGAGAAACAAACAUCAGUCAAAAAGAUCAGAGAUUUCUUUAAACCCCAUCUUGCCAGUGCUUCCUCCAGACAUCCUGAAAUACCCUGCAGACUUUGACAUGGAGAAAUGUGCAGAAUGUGACAAACAUAAAGCUGAAAAUUACACAGACGUGGACAGUAGCAUACAGUGUAAAGGAGUUAUGCCAAUGAUGAUGUCAGAAAAAUACAGCCAAUCAACUGCCGCAAAUGGAUAUACAGAAAGCACGCAACACUUCCUUUAUCAGUCGCAGCCACAGGAGUCUGAAUGGAACGAUGAACUUUGACA